AUGACCCCAAAGAAACAAGCUACCGUAGUGAUGGAACAGAAUAUUUUGAAUUCAGAUAAUGAACAGCUUGUGGAGUUGAUAAACAGUCUAGUUAACACAAAACAGGAUGAGUUGUUUACCAAGUAUAAAGCUAAAGCCGAGAGCCAAUUGGAGAGUGAUCAUGAGUUAAUUGAAAGCUUACAAGCUGAAUUAAAAGCGAAAGAUGACAAAAUAGAAGCGCUAUUGGAGGAGCUAUCGUCAUUGAAACAAGAUUCAAGUAUGGAGUUUGCCUCGCCCAUACGAAAGAAAGCCUCAGGUAGAUUGAGUCAAGAUGAGCUAGCUAAGGAGAGACAAAAUAUUUGCUUUACAUUGGAUAUGAUAGAGCUAUUGACAGGAGUUAAGGUUAUUAAUUUUGAAAACAAUUCCGAGGAGUAUAUAUUUGACAUUAAGCAAUCGUCGUCUGUGAGACUGGGACUUACCAUGUAUUAUCAGUUGGUGUUGGCGUCUCUGCCGAACCCCGAAAUCAAUUACAUUCCCACGUUUUUGGACGCCCUAGAGGGGGAAGAAGUGGAGGACUAUGAAAACGCAAAAAUAUUGCAAAAGCUAUUGCCGGAUUAUCUAUGUGAGAAUUUGUCAUUCCCAUUCGACACUUUGGCACAAUUUUACGGUAAAGUUAAUCGAGCUUUAAACAGAAAAUAG